UCCACUAUAUCUACCCAUCCAUGGCUAGAGGAACACAGACCUGAGGGGAUUUGAACCAUCUAAACCCAAUCCAAGUGGAACCAAUGGAGGAGGAGAAGCCUGAACAAAUAAAUGAACAAACUCAAGAUGAGCCUCAGAAGAAAGAGGAACCGACUGGUUUAUCCCCAGAAUCACUGACCUCAGAGAAGGUGGAGGAUGAAGAUGUAGAUACAAAUAAAGACACCAAGACAGAGGAAGAGGUUGGUGCUAAUAAUGGAGAUAAACAACUCCCAGAACAAGAAGAUAAGCCCUCUACCAGUAAUCUAGAAGUCAUAAAGAUCCAGGCCUGGUGGCGGGGCACCCUGGUACGCCGGACACUGCUGCAUGCAGUACUGAGAGCAUUGAUCAUUCAGCGCUGGUGGAAGCAAAUCCUGACAAGUAUGAUGGAGAAGAGGCGGCGAGCAGCGCUAGAGAACUUUACACGGAAGGAGUGGGCAGCGGUCAAGCUGCAGUCCUGGGUUCGCAUGUGGCGUAUCCGUAGGCGCUAUUGCCGGUUGCUCAAUGCUGCCCGCAUCAUCCAGGCCUACUGGAGGUGCCACUCCUGUGCUUCCCGGGGUUUCAUCAAGGGCCAUUACAGAGUCACAGCCAACCAUCUGCAUCUCGAGCUAGAGAUCUUGCUGGGCUCAGGGCCUUGCAUUGUGUCAGAGUGUAUUCCCCUCCCAAUAAAACAGUGAAGUGGUCUU